AUGAGCACGACGCAAAAUGAUAGCAAUAUAUAUGAGCAGUCACUAAAAAUUACAAAAAAAUUAAAACAGAAAAUUGCAAGUCGAAAAAGUUCAAAGGAAGAAAUAAAAGAAAUAAAAGAAAAAAAUGUAAAGGAUAUAAAGGAUGUAAAGGAUGUAAAGGAUGUAAAGGAUGUAAAACAUGAGUUUUUUAAGAGUUAUUUUAACACCAUAUCUUUGUCCUUAGGUUAUAUUAUAAACACAUUUUUAUAUUAUUUUUUUAUUCUUAUUUUUAAUGAAAUCAUUGAUAAGUUUAUAUAUAUCUUAUCCAAAGUGACUGAAUAUGAUUACAGAAAUAGUAUGGCCACAGCUUCAAUUAAGUAUACUAUUAUCCUAUUCAUAUGGUUUCGCUACUGUACGGCGGGGUAUGAUGGAGAUCCCUUUUUCCACCUCCUCAAGAACAAAUUUAAUUUUAUAAAUAGAAAAGAGGCACUAGUAACAAUAGCGUCCAACAUAGUUGGUACAUUGCUGUAUCUGUCGGUGAUAAAAGCUUUGGGAAAGGGGAGUAGCAACACUCCGUUAAGCAAAAAGAUAAUUGAACUAAUUCAUGAGCACAAAAUUGAAAAGAACAGAUCGUUUAUGACAUCAUUUGUGUAUCCUCAUAUGCCCGGAUUUUUAAGAAAGUUUUUUAUGAACAUGUUAAUAAUUACCUGUCCAUAUCAUAACAUGGGGAAUAAAUAUUAUGAUAAACUUUUUUUGAACAAUAUGGAUUUGUAUUCAUCUAUUAUAAUGGACACAUACAUAAAUGAGUGUAUAUGUUCUUUUUUAAGUUAUGUCUUAUUAUAUAUAUAUUUGUUUACAAAGGAUUUCUUAUCUUAUCCUAUUCAAAUAAAUUUAAUAUUUACACAAAUUAUAUCCUUAUAUUCAAGUAGACGAGCGCAUAUAGUUAGUGGGCCAUUUAUGAGUUUGAGUUGGAUUAUAAUUGAAUAUAUUCAGAUGAAAUUAUCUUUUUUUUUUUUUUUUUUUUUAAUCUUAUUUCAUUACUUGGGAUAUAAAUUAGCUAGUCUUCUUUUAAAACCGCCAACUACCCUUUCUUUAGCCGAUGCUACGAACUGUUAUAAAAACAUUAAACAAGAAAUUUUACAAAAAAAUAUGAAAUCCAAUGGAAUGGUUGAUUUAUCACUUAUAACAAAUGAGUGCAUUAACGAUAGUUCUUUAAACAAUAAUUAUCUUGGAAAAAAUUUUCAAAAAUUUUUCGACAUAUACAUAAGUACAGGGGAAGACAAGAAAAAUCGUUAG